GGUAAUGUGGUGGUUGGUCUGUUUUACCAGUCCACAGGCGGCCAGACGUGGUUACUAAUUAACGUUAUAUAUCCCUGUUGUUGUUUUUUAGCUCUAGCUAACAGUAGCUAAUUUACAGCUAACGUGUCAAGCUAAAUCUGCGCUGAUUGGCCCGUGAAGUACAGCGAUGAGAUAAGUCACGUUACCACAUCGCAGACUAGUUCGACCCACACGUCGCUGCACCGACAGACGAUUCGCGAUAACUUCUAAAUUUAACUUCGGUGUCACUUCGAACAAAAGUAAGAGCCGCAUAGCUGAAGAUGGCAUCCAAGAAAGUGGUCGAGUUUUUCUACGACGUGGUGUCUCCGUACUCGUGGCUUGGUUUUGAGAUAAUGUGCCGCUACAGAAACGUGUGGAACAUAGAACUCAAACUGCGCCCCGCAUUUCUGGGUGGUGUGAUGCAAGGGUCAGGAAACAAGCCCCCUGGUGUGGUUCCAAAAAAAUUCCAGUACAUGGGCAAGGAUCUGGCCCGCUUGUCCGGAUAUUUUGAUGUUCCCCUGCAGACUCCAGCUGACCCCUUUGAGGCCAUGUUCCAAAAAGGCUCCUUGGCUGCUAUGCGAUUUGUCACAGCAGUACAAGAGAGGGAGAAGCUUGGGGACAACCAAGUGGAGCGCGUGUCCCGGGAGCUGUGGAGAAGGAUCUGGAAUGAGGACAAAGACAUCACAGAACCGUCCUCAUUGUCAGAGGCAGCGAUGAAAGCAGGACUGUCUGACAGCGAGAUUAAAGAAGUGCUGGAGCUGUCCAGCUCAAAGGAGAUCAAAGACAAGCUGAAAAGCGCAACACAGAAUGCUCUUGAUCAGGGGGCAUUUGGCUUCCCUCUUGUGGUGUGCCACGUAAAUGGAAAGCCAGAGGUGUUUUUUGGAUCUGACAGAUUUGAGCUCAUGGCACACUGCAUUGGGGAGAAGUGGCUGGGACCUCAGCCUGACAAGUCCGCUUCCAAGCUGUGAGAUGCCAAGCUUCUAACAGAUUCUCAUUCUAAUGAUGUCACCAAGUGAUUAAUUAUGUGCCUAUUAUUAAAAAAAAACACAUACUCUUGUUUUCAUUUCUAAUGAAAAUGAAUUAAAUGAAAAUACAAAGGUGCAUUCAUGAAAAUAAAAUGUGUAUUUUCUACAUGAUGUAACACCUAAUUCAGUAUUUUUACUGAAUGCCUGUCCAGGCGCUUUGAGUGGUGGUACAGUUGGUCUGCCAUUUUUUGUCCAGCUUGAAAUAACUUUAAAACUGCUGUUAAACAAUCCGAAUGAAUUAUAAAUAAAAGGUUUGAUUAAAUAAC